UCUCCGCUCCUCGGCUUAUGGACGGCGGCAGCGGCAGCAGCAGCAGCGCUAGCGAGCGAGCGAGCGAGCAACCUGCAGCAGGACCGCGCGGAGGAGCGGGAGCCCGCUAUGCUUUGGCCUCAGUACUUUUCCUUAGCCCGUCUGGCUAAGCAGGGCCACCGCUGCCGCUGCUAGACACACAACACACACCAACAUCAGGAGGGGGAAAAGUAAGGGAGAGAAAGAAAAAAAAAAAAAAAAGCCAGGAAGAUGGCGCCCACCAAGCCAAGCUUUCAGCAGGAUCCUUCCAGGCGAGAACGUUUACAAGCUUUGAGGAAGGAAAAGUCCCGAGAUGCUGCUCGCUCUCGCCGGGGAAAGGAGAAUUUUGAAUUCUAUGAGUUGGCAAAGUUGUUGCCGCUGCCUGCAGCCAUUACCAGCCAGCUUGACAAGGCAUCCAUCAUUCGACUUACAAUUAGCUAUCUGAAAAUGAGGGACUUUGCUAAUCAAGGCGAUCCUCCAUGGAACUUGAGAAUGGAAGGACCUCCACCUAAUACAUCAGUAAAAGUUAUAGGUGCCCAACGCAGGAGAAGUCCCAGUGCCCUUGCCAUUGAAGUAUUUGAAUCUCAUUUGGGAAGUCAUAUUUUACAGGUAAAAAAAACAAAAAAACAAAAAAACAAAAAAAAGCUUUUCCAUGACAAAGUCAAAAUUGCUAGUCAAUCCUAUUUCUGCCAAUAAUUUGAAAACUGUUGGUGUCAGUAUUUAUUAAAAGUCAUAUUUCUUUCUUCUUAGAAAAGCCCAUGCUUGGGACAGUUUUAAGGAGAGGGAGGACAUGUAUUGUGUAGAUAAAUGUUUUGUUAUUUUCAACUGUGCAGUACGUGUCUGCUUGCAGAAUGACUCUAUGUGUUUGUGUGUGUGCAUAAAGCAGUAUUUUGUGUUGUUGAUUUCAUUUUCCUUAUGUGUCAUGUACAAAUUUAGGGUGUUUUUCCCCCACUUUGGUUUAUGAACACUGCUUUCCUCUUUGAUAUCACAUUUGUCAUGAUUAUAUAUCACAAAUCUGCAGCAAUCUGUAAAGAGGAAAAAUGAACAGCAGCAUGCCUCUUUGGUUUCCUCAGCUAUGAGAUAAAAACUAAUGAGAUAUUUGUCAAAGAAUUUAGUCACACUGUUCAAGUAACUAUAUUCCGGGAGGAUUACUCUGAAGAAAAAAAAAAAAAAAAAAAACCAGUAACCUGAUGGAGAUGUUCUUGUGCAUGUUUUGUUUUGUCAGGAUUAGUACAACCCUUCUUACUUUGCAAUAAUGAAAAGUGGAGCAGAAGCAGUUAAGAAUGUGAAGUGUUCUGUCAGCAAGGCAAAAACACAGCACUAUGGAAAUUAAAAAAACACCCUUUACAUGUAGCCUUUUCUAACUACAGCAUUGAAUAACUGCACUUAUUUAGGAAUGUACACAGCUUCUCUAUGCAAAUAUAUUGCUUGUUGUAUUAUCUUUUGAGAGGUAAAUUAGGAUAUUAUCAUGAGAAAUAUUCCACUUAAUUUGAAAUGAUUGAGAGCUAUCUCUCUAUGUUACUUCAGCUGUGGCAUUCAAAAGCACUGCAGAAUAUGUCAGAUUUUUUACAUCUUUUUAAAGUAACUAAAUGCUGAAUGGCAACAAAGAUAAUUUUAGGAAAACAUGAAAUUAACUACUAGAAUGAAUUUAUCUUUGGAACAAAAAUCAUGAAUGAAGUUAUUUUCUUACUUGUACAUCCUUGGCAGAGACAUAGUUCAAGUUUUUAUUCUGUAACAAAUAUUUGUAUUAUAGAUAUGGUAGCAAAGGUAUAUGCACCAGUAUCUGGAGCAUUGUUUGAAUAUUAGACAGAAGUGCUGUCUCAUAAACAGGAAAAAAAAAGAAUAAAUAAAUGUGGGUUUCAUGAUAUUCCAAUUUAUGUCAUUUGUGUUUUGAGUAUGUGGACAGGCACUAUAUAUCCUAGAUGUAUGCUUAUUACAGUAUAAAUUAUAACAUCUAGAUAAACUCUCAUUGAGACUGAUUUA